AUGAAUGAAUUUGAUUUAAUGAAAGAAAAGUUUUAUAUGAGUGUUAAAAACCGUUCAUUAAAACCAAAUAGUGCAGUUUUAACAAAAGAAAAAUAUGCGAGUUUGAUGAUAGACGUGAAAAAAAUGAAAAUAAAAAAGGAAUCUUCUCGUGACUAUUGGUUAGAAAAACAUUACGCAAUACUUAGAUUUGUGUAUAUCUUGCCAGCAAAAAAAAAAAAAGAUAUUGUUGUGAAACCAAUGGUGUUUGGAGAUUUUAACAGCCGUUGCCAAAUUGAUUUAAUAGAUUUUCAAUCUCAGUCCGACGCAGGGUAUAAAUUUGUUUUGGUUUAUCAAGACCAUCUGACCAAAUUUUGUAUUUUAAGACCUUUGAAAUGUAAAAGAGCUGAACAGAUUGCAUACUUACUGCUUUUGGAUAUCUUUUGUUUAUUUGGUGCUCCCUCAGUACUGUAA